AACUGACGUAACGUAAUAAUUUCAAUGUCACGCAAGAUCCAAACGAUAGCAAAGGUAAAGUGUCUGUGAUAAGUACACGUCUGGACGUGUAUUUUGUUAAAAUGUGUCAGAAUUGAUAAGGUUUUCAGUACAUUCAGUAGUGUAGUGUUUCGUUCGCGUUAUAUUUUCAAGGCCACGGGUGAAGGAGUGCCACCAUGGAUUUCGUGAUCGGCGGGCUGGCCGGCGCCGGAGCCACGGUGUUCACCAACCCCAUAGACGUGGUGAAGACGCGGCUGCAGCUGCAGGGCGAGCUGCAGCCCAAGGACCAGCAGGUGGUGCGUUACCGAGGCAUGCUGCACGCGAUCUUCGUCAUCGGCCGCACCGACGGUGUCCUCGCGUUGCAGAAGGGCCUCGCUCCGGCUCUUGUGCUCGGCUUCACAAUGAACUCUGUCAGAUUAGGAUUAUACCACAUAUCAGAAGUCCGCGGCUGGACAAGCACAGACACUGGCGAAGUGUCCAUCAGCAAAUCCGUGUUCUGGUCAAGCGUGAGCGGCAUCGUCAGUGGAGUCGUUGGUAAUCCUGUAUCCGUGCUGAAGACGAGAAUACAAGCGUCAUCACAUCCGAGUAUAGCGGUUGGCAGACAACAUAGGUAUGAAGGCAUGUUCGACGGCAUGUCAAAGAUCUAUUCCUCGGAAGGCUUCAAGGGUUAUUUCGCGGGUGUCAACGCUGCCUGCACGAGGUUGGCGGUCGGUAGCGCUGCGCAACUCACUACCUUCUCCAAAGUUAAGCAGGAGCUGGAGGCAAGAGGAAUCGGCAAAGAUCCCGUGACUCGCGCGCUUCUCGCGAGUUUUGUGAGCAGUUUUUUCGUUGUGAUGUUGGAAACUCCGUUCGAUGUCGUGAAUACAAGGAUUUACAAUCAGGGUACCGCCGCUACCGGAGGCCUGCUCUACACAGGAGUGUUCGACGCGCUUUGCAAGAUCUACAAAACAGAGGGCCUCCACGGCCUCUACAAGGGGCUCGGACCCCUCUACAUCAGGAUAACGCCGCACACGACGCUCUCACUAGUCAUAUGGGAUAUGUUGAAUUUAUAUAUGAGUGAUAAAAGUAGCUGAUA